AUGGAAAAAAGGUUUAACUACAACCUUAGCCGAGCAAGAAUGAUGAUCGAGAACACGUUUGGAAGAUGGAAGGGAAGGUUUGUCAGGUUUGGUAUGCGAGUAGAUAUGGAAGUAUCCUCUCUAGUUAACGUUGUACACGCAUCGUGUAUUUUACAUAAUAUGUGUGAACUUCAGAAAAACAACUUUGUGCCUGACUGGGAGGUGGUGGGGGCUAUUGAAGAGUUGAAUGAGUCAGAAGAUGAGAUUGAGGCGGCACAAGAUGCUGACAAUAUCUGCAGUGUUCGGACAGAGCACUUUGCUUGA